AUAGCCUAACUUCCUCCUCUAACUAAAAAAACAACAAUAUUUUUGCCAUCUGUUUCUUCAAGCACUAGGGAGGGGGCUUUGAGAGAGAAAGUAGAGAGAGAGAGAGAGAGAGAGGGGAAAGGUUUGUUUUUGUUUUAAGAAAGAUAACCAUAGUUAGGGUUUCUUCAUUUUAGAGGGGUGUGGGGGGUUGGGUGUUGGAGCCAAGUGAUGCGCUCCGGAAGUUGUACUGUACAACAGACGCUAUCACCAGAGAGUGCUUCGGUGUUGAAGCACUCUCUAAGCCUUGCAAGGCGGAGAGGCCAUGCUCAGGUCUCUCCACUUCAUGUGGCUUCUACUCUUCUUAUGAGUUCAAGAGCUAGUAUUCUAAAACUAGCUUGCAUUAAGUCACAAAAUAGCUCUUCUUCUUCUUCCCAUAUUACCCCUCCUCUUCACCAACAAAAUCCCCAUAUUGCCCCUUCCUCACAACCUCUUCAUUGUAGGGCACUUGACCUUUGUUUCAAUGUGGCUCUCAACAGGCUCCCCUCAACCCCUGGACCCCUCCUCCAUGGCCAACCUUCACUUUCUAAUGCUCUCAUUGCUGCACUCAAGAGAGCUCAGGCUCAUCAAAGAAGAGGUUGUAUUGAGAAUCAACAAACUCAACAAAAUACACAAUUGUUAGCCAUUAGAGUAGAGCUUGAGCAGCUCAUUCUUUCAAUUCUUGAUGAUCCAAGUGUUAGUAGGGUUAUGAGAGAAGCUGGUUUUUCAAGCACUGAUGUCAAAACCAACUUACAUGAUUAUUCUUCCACCUCUUUAACUUCACCAAGAGUGUUCUUUAGCAGUUCUGGUGGUGGUAUAUACUCUUCACCUUGUUCACCAAACUCUGAUCACCAACACCUUCACAACCAUCAAAACCCUAACUUUUUACACACCCAUUUCUUGGAUCACUCUCCUGGCCAAAACCCAUCUCUAGAAUCUGUCCAUUCUUUGAAAAAAGAUGUCACCUUGAUUAUGGAGGUUUUGCUAGGAAAAAAAUCAAGAAAAAACACUGUAAUCGUUGGCGAUUCUUUAUCGAUAACCGAAGGCGUUGUUAUUGAGUUAAUGCGGAAUGUAGAGAGGGGAGAUGUCCCAAAUGAAUUAAGAAAUGUUCAUUUCAUCAAGUUUCAGUUUUCAUCACUGCCAUUGAGGUUCAUGAAAAGGGAAGAAGUGGAGAUGAAUUUAGCAGAUUUAAGAAGAAAAGUUGAAUCUUUAUCUUCAACAGGAGGUGGGGUGAUCAUACAUGCAGGUGACUUAAAAUGGACAGUGGAUGAGAGAGAGAGUGGAGGAGAGAGAGGGGUGACUAGUUACAGUCCAGUGGAUCAUCUUGUUGUGGAGAUUGGGAAGUUGAUUUCACACUACAAUGUGAGUAAUAAAGUUUGGUUAAUUGGGACUGCAAAUUAUCAAACUUUUAUGAAAUGCAAGAUGAAAAAGCCUUCUCUUGAGAUUCAGUGGACUCUUCAAGCUGUUUCUGUUCCUUCUGCUGGACUUGGCUUGAGUCUCAAUGUAACUACCACAAGUGGGCAUGAGUCAAAGGUAAACUUGUCCAAGAACAUAUGUGAAGAAAUGGUGGAUAGGAAGCUAUUGCUAAGCACUAAAGAGGAAGAAGACGGUGAUAUGGUGGUGAUGAGUUGUUGUGAUGAAUGCAACUCUAAUUACGAAAAAGAAGCCUCCUCGGCAGUCGCCGCUACCAAAACCUCCACCAUGUUACCCUUUUGGCUUCACCAAACAACACAUUCAUCAACCCUUCAUAAGGAACACUUAGUUGAGCUGAGGAGGAAGUGGAACAGACUAUGCCAUAGUCUACACCAAGGGAGGCACAAUCUAAACAAGAACUAUAUAGAUUCAUCAUCUUUAAUUAGCAACGACAAUCAAAAAUCCAUUGCAAAAAGCUACUCCUAUAGCUCCUCACAUUAUCCAUUUUGGCCUAACAAUUUUAAUCAUAUAAAAACCAACUCAUCGAUAUCUUUUGGUGACACAUUGAAGCCUCAAAAUGAUGGUGGUGAGCGCUCUUAUCCCAGAUUCAGAAGACAACAAUCGUGCCACAUUGAUCCUAAAGUCGGUCAACAACCAAACUUGGAUUGUCUCAAGUGUAGAGAUGAUGAUGAUAAAGAGGUGAAAAUCACACGUGGUCUUGGAAAUCAUGGAAAUUCGGUUUCUGAAUCAUCCAAACGACAAGACGUUUGUAAGUUUUUGCAAGAAAAUUUACCAUGGCAUUCGGAGAAAAUGCACACACUUGUUGAUUUUUUGAUGAGUUCUUUGUUGCCUGAUCAAGCUACAAAGAAAGAUUCUUGGAUCUUGAUUGAGGGGGAUGACUCUAUAGGGAAGAGAAGAUUGGCGAUGGCGAUUGCAAAGGCAAUGUUUGGCUCUAGUGAUUUGCUCUUGUGCAUUAACAUGAGGGAUUCGGUUAAAGAACGUGAACUUCUUGAAAGGGCACUAAAAGAUCAAGAAAAUGUUGUUGUGAUGGUGGAAGAUGCUGAUUUUGGGGAUGGGCAUUAUUUGAAAAUAUUAAGUGAUGGAUUUGAGGACGGGAAGUUUGGCGAAAAUGGUAAAGUGAUAUUUAUUUUGAGUAUGGGUGAUCAUCAUGAUGACGACAAAAGAAGCCAAAUAUCACCAGCUCGAAUGAAAUUGGUUGUGAGUGAGAUGAGUCGCAUCUAUGAAGUUGAUCAAAAGCGAAAACCAAAAUGGGAUUCGGAUGAACAAAGCAAGGUGAAAGUUCCAAGAAUUGAAGAGGAUGAAAUCAAGAAAGAUUUUUCAAGACAAUCUAGUUCAAGCACUCUUGAUCUCAAUAUUAAAGUCGAGGUACAAGACAUUGACAACGGAAACUCUUUAGAAUUCAGCCCGAAUUCGAGUGAUUUGACCCGUGAAAUGGGUGAUGCAAGUCCUCGAAAUCCACUUGGAUUCCUUGAAAUGGUGAAGACCCGAUUUGUGUUUGACCGAUCUUCGGCUCGACAUAACUUGAUGAGGGAGAGUUUGUUGUUUAAGAUGAAAGGGGUGUUUAAGGUAUUGUUUGAUUGCAAAGAAUUCGAUUUGGAAGUUGAAGAAAUGGUGUUAGAUGAAGUUUUGUUAGGUUGUGGGGUAUACUUGAAUAGUUUGUUUGAGAAAUGGUUGAAAGAGGUUUUUCAAACAAGCUUAGAAGUUGUGAAAAAUGGGGGGAAAGGUGUAAAAAGUUUAAGGGUGUGUAUGGUGAUAGAUGAAAAAGGAGGCGGGGUUGGUAUAGAAGAAAAAGAUGAGGGGUUCAUGGGUACAAAUCUUCCUAACAAAAUCAAAAUAUGUUUUAUUGUGUAGGUUUAUUUCACUUUGGUACAAAUGUGAAAAUUUCUACAAAUAAAAUGUUCUUGUUUGAAUAGAGUUGUGUUUUUAUUUCA